GGAGUUCUAGUUCAGACCAUAAUCCAUCAUCCUCCGUUUCUUCUUUGCCUUUCUUCCUAUCUCUUCACAUGGCUAAAAUCAUCUCCAUGGCGAGCGGUUGCUCGUCGGCUCCUGCCGUUUGUCUUCUGGGACUUCUGAUAGCCAGUUUCUGCACGGCAGGUGUGCAAUCCAUAGGAGUUUGCUAUGGGAUGCUCGGGAACAACCUGCCGUCUGCGUCGGAAGUCGUCGCCCUCUACAAGUCCCGCGGCAUCACGCAGAUGAGACUCUACGACCCUAGCCAACCAGCUCUACAAGCCCUGAGAGGCUCGAACAUCGAGCUCAUCCUCGGCGUCCCCAACUCGGAGCUCCAGGCCCUUGCUUCCAACCCCGCCAACGCGAACUCGUGGGUGCAGAGGAACGUGAAGAACUACUCGCCUGGUGUCAGGUUCCGCUACAUCGCCGUCGGAAACGAGGUGAGCCCUGUCAACGGAGGCACUGCACAAUUCGCCAGGUUCGUCCUCCCUGCGAUGAGAAACAUACAGGCCGCGCUCAGAUCGUCCGGCCUGCAGAACCAGAUCAAGGUCUCGACCGCCAUCGACAUGACCCUGAUCGGGAACUCCUACCCUCCAUCCCAAGGUGCAUUCCGCGGGGACGUGAGGUCCUACCUGGACCCGAUCAUCAGUUUCCUGGUGAGCAACAACUCUCCAUUGCUAGCCAACAUCUACACCUACUUCAGCUACGUCGGUAACCCGAAGGACAUCAGCCUGCCCUACGCCCUAUUCACCUCGCCGUCAGUCGUCGUCCGAGACGGAGCCCAUGAGUACCGGAACCUGUUCGACGCGAUGCUGGACGCCCUCUACUCCGCACUCGAGAGGGCUGGCGGGGCUGCCCUCCGGGUGGUGGUCUCGGAGAGCGGCUGGCCAUCCGCGGGCGCGUUCGCUGCGACGGUCGACAACGCGAGGACAUACAACGGGAAUCUGAUCAAGCACGUGAAGGGCGGCACGCCGAAGAGGCCGAACGGGGCGAUCGAGACCUACAUAUUCGCCUUGUUCGACGAGAACCAGAAGCAGCCGGAGCUGGAGAAGCACUUCGGGCUCUUCUUCCCCAACAAGCAGCCCAAGUACCCGCUCAGCUUUGCGCAGGGAAGGAUUUGGGAUGUCUAUGACAAUGUCACAGGUCCCCUCAAAAGUGACAUGUGAGUAGUAGGUAUGGAGCUUUUGCAUCUCCCAGAAGAUCUGAAAUAAAGAGGAUCCCUCUGGUUUGCGUUGUAAUCUUCAAGAGCUGUGAAAUUUGUUCCUCAUGCUUGGUGAAAUAAAAGUAUAUGUUGCUUU